AUGUGUCCCCCCCCCCUGUAACUUCUAAAAUAACAGAAUGAAAAAUCUAAAAAAAAUAUAUGAUAUACAUUACCAUGCAAACUUCCACCGAAAAUUGGUUUGAACGAGAUCUAGUAAGUAUUUUUUUUAAUACGUCAUAAAUGGUACGGAACCCUCCAUGGGCGAGUCCGACUCGCACUUGGCCGCUUUAUUUCUCGUAUUCGGGUCGAAAAAAAUAUAAAAUGCAAAUUUUAAUUUAUUUAUAAGUUUUUUUUAAGUGUAGUUUUUAUAUACGUUAAGUAUAUUGUGCAUUUCUUUAUUAACACGCUUUUAUUAGGUCGACAUUAUGUAAUGGAAUCUAAGGUAACUAAUUUAGCCAUCUUCCAAAGAUCGUAGCGUCAUGAAAGUGGCAGCUGUAUAUAGUUCUGAUGACAAUACAAUAAUAUGGUACUGUCGAACAGAUCUGAUGAUGGAGCCGAAUGAUAUGAACUGGAACUUCAUGAUGGAACAUCGUCUCAUAGCUGUUUGAAUUUGUUAGAAAAUUCUUGUAAUGAACUUUGACCACGAUUAGGUUUCAAGGUCUGAUGAUGAAGCCGGAAGAGAGGCACUGGCAUUCCAUGAUAGAAUAUCGUGUCAUAAGCGUCGUUUUCUAGUGUUUUUAAACUAUUAAUUAUUUUAUUAUUGUAGCCGUUAUUACAUCUUAAAAAAUACUUUACAUAGAAAUCCCCAAAUAUAUAAUGUUGAAAUAAGGCACCUCUUCUUCCGGAACUAAGUAGGUAUAGGUAUUAUUUUGGGCGGUAAGUACUUUCCCAUCAACGCUUAAGGAAUUUGGAUGGCGGGCAUUAGACCUAUUAACUAUAUUAGGGACUAUAAAAAAAAUAUCGCGGAAUUAAAAAAACCUAGUACUUUGAAAAUAGGUGACCUAUAGGUGAUAAUGGUCAAUACCUUAUUAAUCAAAAAUACUAUACUCACUAGGCACAUAAUCAAAGAAUAUAGGUAAUUUAAUACUCCCUAGGAUAAUAUUCUUAGUACAUUAGGUAAUCGAUAAUAUUCGUAGAUAACUAACUCCAUGCAGUAUCCAUGUAAUACUAACCCAAUUUUCGUAACCAUGACAACGUUGAUUUGUGAGGUGUGACAUUACUAACUUAUUUUCUAGUUGUUUAUGAUAGACGUAUUUGCUUUUCGGUAUACGUAAUAACAUAUAGGGAUUAUUUAUAAUAGUUUAAAUUAUCUGAGAUGGCGACAACAGUACCACCACCGAAUCUUUCUGCACGCUUUUUCUACGGUCUACGGACGGACAUCCUAUUCAAUGCACAUUACGUGAACGAGUCGGACAUAAUAUAUCCAGCAGGCGGCGUCAUAGUUAUAUACAACCAUCUUCAGAAGAAGCAGAAGUUUAUUAGACUUCAAGAUAAGCACAAACCUAUAAAGUCCUUAGUCAUGGCUCCAAACAGGCGAUGGCUUGCGCUAAACGAGAUAGCUGAAGAAGGACAAAAACCAAUCAUAACUAUUUAUGACUUGACAACAUGCAAACGCCGCAAAAUACUGACGGUCCCGUUCGAAAAUUCGACUGCGCGUGAAUUUGCCUGCGUACAAUUUACCUUCGACUCAAAGUACCUUGUGGCCAUAACCGGGGAACCUGACUGGUAUUUGUAUUAUUACAACUGGGAUAAAGGAAAGGUGGAGAGCCACGCAAAAGCGCAAAACCCAAGUGGUCAAGGCACUGUCGAAAGCGUACAAUGCAACCCUGCAGACGCGACGCUAAUAGUAGUCACUGGACCAUACACAUUUCGUAUUAUGAAUGUCUCGGAAACCGUCUGGAGACAAUGGGGAUGGUGCAAAGCUGAAAACAUCAACAUCACGACCUGCAUGUGGUUGACGCCCGAUCGCAUCAUGUUCGGCACGGACAACGGCGUUAUCAUGAUGGUCGAAAACGGUGAACUGCGGCAGAACUGCGUCUUUAACGCCCUCGACGUCAUGGAGAUGUCGUUGAAGAAAGUUGAGACCGAGGCAGCGGAAGAAGGUGGCGACAAGACCAGUACAACAAGCAAAGACAACCAGAGUAAAGCAGAGAGUGAACAUUCGAUAGACACUGACAGAGAGAUUUAUCCAGUCACCAAUUUCGUAAAUUUUCCUAAAGGUUUUGUCUUCGGUUGUGGACAAGGAUACGUGCACAUGUUCGAAAAAGAAUCACCUCAUCACUGGAGGAAGCGAAAUGUAUUUAGGAUUUCGAGGAAGUGUUAUAAACAUACUCGGGAUUAUCCGAUUUGGUCUCACCUUGACGCCGUACAGCAUAUCGCUGUAGAUCCCAAUCAAGAAACUCUGCUUAUAACGACACUUCGGAAACAACUGUAUUAUGUCAAGCUAUUUGGACAACAUAUGUUGCAGAACCCAGAAAUUGCAUUCAACGAGCUCGGCCCCGCGAUGCACUACGGACCUAUCAACUCGCUAUCCAUGUGUGCCUGGAAGCCCAUUUUCAUCACAGCAGGCGAGCAGGACAAGAGCAUUCGAAUUUGGAAUUACUUGACUGACGAUAUUGAAAUGAUUAAGUUAUAUCAAGAGGAGAUUUCAUGUGUGUCUUUACAUCCUACUGGUCUUUUUGCUGUAAUAGGUUUCUCAGACAAAUUGCGAUUCAUGGUGGUACUGAUCGACGAUUUCGAAGUGAUGAGAGAGUUUCCAAUAAGAAAUUGCAAACGCGCCAAGUUUAGUACAAACGGACAUCUCUUCGCCGCUGUCAACGCUCAAGUCAUACAAGUGUUCUCGUCGGUUUCGUUUAACAAUGUGUACAAUCUAAAGGGACAUAAUGGAAUUAUUACAUCUCUUACAUGGUCCGCUAACGACCUGUGGUUGGUAUCCUGCGGCAACGAGGGCGCCGUGUACGAAUGGAGUAUGUCUACAGGGCAGCGAGUCGGUGAAGUCAUACUUAAGACUAAUCAGUUCGCUUCUUGUGCCGUUAACAGUCUCGGAAAAACAACGUAUGCUGUAGGCAGUGAUGGGGAAAUCAAAGAAAUUGGUUCUAAUACCAUCCGAAGGAAUCUGCCACUGCUUGGCUGCGCACUUGACACUAUAUUACUUUCUCGCUCUGAUAUGAUGCUGUUCAUAACCGGCGGAGAGGGAGGGGUCACGUCAGUAAAUCUACCACUUUUGGAUAAAGCUAUUUAUAAUGAGUUCCACAUGCAUAACAAGAAAGUGACUUGUAUAGCUCUUGCCUAUGAUGAUCAAACGCUGGUAUCCGUGGCCGAAGACGCCUCUAUUUGUAUAUGGCGAUUGACGAAUGCUGAAGGAAGAGCGAUUGCUUUGGAUAAAGAUUUCGCUUACUCUAAGGAGAUAUUGAUUAGCAAAAAAGAUUUGAAAGAGAAAAUUAAUAGCAUCAAUCUACUUAGUACAAGAAUGAGCGAGUUAGAAACCGAACACUCGUACCAACUUCGCCAAGCUGAAGCCACACAAGCAGAAAAAUUGAAAGAGGUACACGAAGGCUACUGCGCGGCCAUCGAAGAACUUAAGGAAAAGAACGAGACUAUGGAGAACGAACAUAGCCAUGAAAUCGGCAUGAUUCAGCAAGAUAUUGCAAAACUGCGUUCGGGACACGAGAGAACUCUGCAAGCACUAGAAGCGGACUUCAAUAUUAGGCUUAUUGGCGAAUACGAUAGAUACCAGAGUUUGGAAGAUAAAACGGCUAGGAUGCGUAAAGACUAUGAGCAGCGUCUGGAAGAUCUCGCCGAGAGCAAACGCCAAGCCCUGAGGGAGAUGAACAACAUGUUCGAGGCCAAGUUAGAAGAAAAGGAGAUGCUGUUGCUAGAGUUACAAGAACAAGCCGACUUAGAGAAACGAGAACAUGAAACUAUCAAAUCGUCCAUCGAAGAAGACGCGGAUCGUGAAAUAAUAGAAAUUAGAACUUCGUACGAAGUGCAGCUCAAAGAAGAAAAGGAUGCCAAUGUCAGGCUUAAGGGAGAGACCGGUCUUAUGAAGAAGAAAAUGAUUGCUGCCCAUAAGGAGAUCGAGGAGUUUAAAGUUCAAGUGGCUCAGCUGAAAUUGGAACACAUACAGUUUCAAAAGGUAAUAUCAAACUUAGAGCGCGAUGUGACGGAUUUGAAAAAAGAGAUACAAGAAAGGGAUGGAACCAUUCAGGAUAAAGAAAAACGUAUAUAUGAACUGAAACGUAAGAAGCAGGAAUUAGAGAAAUACAAGUUUGUUUUGAACUUCAAGAUUACAGAGUUGAAAAAUCAGAUCGAGCCGUUAGAUCGCACAAUCAAAGAGAAAAAAGUGCGUAUUCUAGAGCUGGAAGUGUCACUAGAGACCCUGCUUAAGAAAAGAUCGUUCCGUGAACUCAAAAUCACUCGGCUGAAUGAACAGUUAACUUCGGCAAAAAAGGAUUUCAUGAACGAAGCCGAAAUGAACUUACAACUGAAAAACACGUUGAAGAAGAUUAAAAUAGAUCUUCACAACAUGACUGCGAACUUCCAAGAUCCGAAUAAACUAAAGUUAAACGUGAAGACGUUAUUCCACAAGUACGUGGAAGACAUAGACUUCGUGCGAGGCCGUGUAGCGGAGAACGAAGCCAUCCGCGAGUUCAACCGGCAACGGGAGCACCUGGAGAAGCAGGUGGCCGGCUACAAGCAGCAGCUUGCCAAGGCGCAGGGAGGCUCGAAGAACGAUAUCAAUAGGAUUAUGGACGAGAAUUGCACCCUUCUAUCCGAGAUCAAUAAUCUACGGACGGAGCUGAAGUCGACGCGGUCGCGAUGCUUCCAAAUGGAGUCGAUCUUGGGAUUGUCAGCGCGCUACAUCCCGCCCGCCAUCGCUCGCGCUAAGUUGAAACACGUCACAGAGGACAGGGAGAAGUUAGACGAGAAGUUCAAGCAGAAAAUUGAGGAAAGAGAAGAAACUAUAGUUGCCUUGAAGGAGGAAAACGACCGUCUGCUCGGCAAGAUGCGCUGCGUAGAGGAAGCGGGAGAAGGUUCACUGCGGCCCAGCAAACCGUAGUUGCUGUGUAUUGUACCAAGGGGACUUGGCAAAUCUCAAUAAGGUGGUCAAUGAGGCCCAACUGGUAUAAAGAUUAAAUUGAAUUAUAAAUCGUUUUUAUCGUCAAUGGACUUUUUGAAAACGUCACAAACUGUUGAUAUACUACUCUGACGGUGGUUUAACGUGAAAAAGUGAGACUCACAAAACCAAAAGAAAAUCAAGUCCCGUCCGUCUUAAUAUUAUCAUUAUCAACGCGUCUUUACGUACCUAAACACAUCCACGUCAACUUUGGUAAAUCGGCAUGUAUAUUGUAUGUUUCCAUAAACAAUGUUUAACGUUUCGUGCGGCAAGAUACCUCGAAAUGGACGCUGUCCGACGGCCGCGCGUGUGGCGGGCGCCAUUUAAUAUGGAGAACUUACCGCCUCGCCUAUCUCAAAUAAUGCUUUGCCGUCUGUGGGGAUAUUAAACAUGCAUCAUUGCCAUGUGUUCAUGUGACAUUACACCAAGACUUCCAUAAAUAUUCCAAGAUCCAGUCCACGUUUUAGAAAGUGUAUAUGUUUAUUAUGUAUCCUUUAUGAAACAACUUACUUCAAUCGAUGUUUGACACUAGUGGAACUUAGUUUUAAAAUAAAAACAUGCGUUUUACCAAAAA